GAUGUGACUUCAACUAUAACUUUAUUAAAAGUUAGCAGCGAAUUUGCUGUUUACGGUUUGAAAUAUGUUUUUUAUUGGUAAAUAUUGUUUCAUAAAGCAUAAUGGAAAAAAUGUAUGGAGUAUGAAGUAAAAAUAAAGUAAAGAAUAUGCAGCUAUCAUCAGGACGUCUUAUUAGAUAUUGUGGCUUGAGUAUUGUCUUCGGUUGUAUUUUUGCUGGAACGUUUAUGUGGUAUUUUUGUACAAACACAACUUGUUCCUUAAGUACAUUUCCUUUUUUGUAUUCUAAGGAUUCGCUUCUUAAACCUCACUGGCAUAAGCUGAAAGCGAAUCGCCAAAUUUUAUCUAACUGGUCUUCGGAAAAAAUUUUAUCCAAAGAUGAAAAGAACAGUCUCGAUCAUAACAAAAUCGUUGUCGCUAAAUCAGAUUUUAAUAUAAAGGGCUCUGAUGUUAUAGUGUUUUUACAUAUCCAGAACACCGGAGGUAGUGUGUUUGCUCGUCAUAUGGUGGAAGAUUUGACGUUGGAAAGGCCAUGCCGCUGUAAAAAAAAUCGCCGUAUAUGCCGGUGUUAUAGACCUAACAAUUAUGGUAGUACGUGGUUUUUCAGUCGUUAUACAACAGGUUGGAAAUGCGGAGUUCAUCCUGACUGGUCUGAAUUAGCAAACUGUGUGGAUCGUGUAAUGGAUGAAGAUGAAGGAAAGCCUGUAAAGAGAAGAUAUUUUUUCAUAACGGUUUUAAGGGAUCCUGUAAAAAGAUUUUUAAGUGAAUUUUGGCAUGUAAGACAGGGGCAAAGUUGGUCAUCUUCCAGACAUUGGUGUAGUGGUGUUGAAGCUACAGAAAAUGAACUUCCUUCUUGUUUUAAUCAAGAUGAUCUCAGUCAACUGACUCUUGACGAGUUCAUGAAAUGUAGUCACAAUCUGGCUACCAACAGGCAAGCUAGGAUGCUUUCUGAUCUUUCUUUAGUUGGAUGUUAUAACUCAACACUUUCAAAAGAAGAUCGAGAUCUCAUCAUUUUAACGAGUGCAAAAAAUAACCUGCAUAAAAUGUCAUUUUUUGGUCUCUCAGAAUUUCCUAAAGUUUCUCAGUAUAUGUUUGAACUGACAUUUGGGUUAAAUUUUAAAGCCAAAAAUUCAUUACCUCAUGAUUCUGUCAUUAGAUCAGCUAGAAAAGAAUUAUUCAAAGAAAUCAGUGCCAAGGAUAUUGAAGCCAUCAAGCAUAUGAAUUAUCUGGACAUAGAACUUUACCAUUAUGCUAAAGAACUUCUUUUCUUUAGGUUUGAAAAAUUAAAGCAAAUUGAUCCUUCUUUUAAAAAUAAUUUUGAAGAUCUGAAUGAUGAUAAUUUAUUUACAGAAAAUUGGGCUGAAAAGGAAGAUUUUAUUGAUAAUCUUUUAGACUAAUUUGUACCACAGUUUUGAAAGGAAGUGUUACUGGAUUUAAUGAUUCAGUAAUGUUGUCCCAUCCCAUAAAUUGCAGUGCCAUAUUACUUAAAAUGUUUGUAUUUGUAUGAAUUUAGACAAUUAUUUGUUAGCAAAUGAGAGCUGAAAAAAAUAUUUAUUAUUUGCAUUUAUAUACAAAACAAAUGUGUAUAUGUAGAGAUUUAGCUAUUUUAAUUAUGGCAAAGCAUGUGAGGAUUACCUCUAUUUAGAAGUAUCUCCGUGCAGAAUUAGCUAAUGGAAGGUAGCUGAUAUUUAUAAUAUAAAUGGGAGCAGCUAAUGUUAGUUGGAAGUUAUAAAAUACUUCUAAUUUUGUGUAUGUCUAAUAAUUUACACUGCUUGUCAAAAUUAAAGGCUAUUGAGAGAAGUAAAACUAAAUUCUUAUUUAUUGAAAAAUAAUGAAAAAGCUAUUAAGGCAAAAACAUUAUGUAACAUAAAUCACCAUUUUUUCCAGUUGAUUAAUCUCAAAAUAUUGAAUUUAAAAUCAAAUUUAUGGAAAUUUCAAAAUGAUAGGAUUCAGGUGGUUUUCAUAAAAAACUUUUAUCCUCUUUGUCUUGAACUCAUUUUUAAAAUGUGUUUGUGGGAUUUGCCUGCAGAGGAAAAAAAAACUGCUCCAAAAUUUCUGAAGUUCUUUAAUAUUCUGCCAUAUUUUUUCAAUAGAGUUGUUUUUUUUUAAUCAAUUAUUAAAAUUAUUAUAAAAUUUCCACUGGAACAAAAGAAAUAAAAUCCCAUGUGCAAGUAA